AUGGAGCCCUUUGAGUUUUCCAGGUCUUGUCUAGUCGUCACCUGGUACAACUAUGUGAGAGGCUUCUGGUGUGAACAGAAUCGUGUGCUAAAAUCUGAACUCUCAACAUUCAGGGAUGUGGCCAUAGAAUUGUCCCCAGAAGAGUGGAAAUGUCUGGACCCUGCCCAGCAGAAUUUAUAUACAGAUGUGAUGUUGAAGAACUACAGAAACCUGAUUAAAACAGGUGUUGCUCUCUUUAACUCAGACCUGGUCACCUGUCUGGAGCAAAGAAAAGAGCCCUUUAAUGGGAAGACACAUGAGACAGUAGCCAGAGCCCCAGUAGAGACGGGGUUUCACCGUGUUAGCCAGGAUGAUCUCGAUCUCCUGACCUCGUGA